AGAUUAUUAUUGAUGGUACUGAACCUACUUCAAUCCCCUUCGAUAAUCCAGAUGAACGUAACCUUGUGGCAGAAGUUUCAUCAGAGGUGAAAUAUUGCUUGUAAAUUUAACAAAAAUUUAUUGAUGACUGAAGAACUUUUCAUUAAUUCCUUCUAUUCCAAGACUGGCCCCAUGUUAGGUCCUAGCUAAUGCCCUCUAUCGUAUUUUUUAUCAUAUUUACUGUACAUUUUCUUCCAAAUACUCCAUAUUUGGGGGCGGUGGGGUGAAUAGGGGAAGACAAAUCUGCCGAUCCACCGAAAUUUGAAGUAGAAUCUGCCGAUCCGACAAUGGUUGUGUCUAAAUUUGGAUCCGCUAAAAGCUCUACUAUGAAGUCACAAUCCAGGAUCCGAACUAAAUUGCAAGCAAAAUCCACAAUCUUUAAUAAGAUCCACAAAUCCGUAUAAAAUAUUCGCCAGAUCCAAAAUUCGAACAAUUUUUUCGGCAGAAUCCGAUGGUCCCAAAACCUAUUCACCCCCUCCAUACUUACGCUCUUUCUCUGCUAUCCUUCGCUCCCAUUAUGUGCUACAGCUCCAUAAAGUCUCUGACCAAGCUUAAUUUUCUUCAUGUUAUAACUUGUCCAUACCAUCUAAUGUCUUUCCUACAAUUUGAAAAACUGUUUAGAACUGAUAGAGCUAUUCGAUAUAACUAAAGUUAGUUUAGUUUACAUUUUCUCCCGAAGCAGCACUGGAUCAAUAAGGGAUUGACUUUACUGGCCUCCAGGGAGAACAGUUUGUAACUGAUAGAGCCUAUAAUAAGUAAAACUAAGUUAGAUUAGUUCAGGUUUUAUUCUGUAGUUGCACUGGAACAAGGAUUGUCCUUAUUAACUUCUUAUUAAAGGAGAACUUAUAGAGCUAUCCAGACUGUAAAUACUUUUGGUUUAGUUAAUAUGGUUUCAUCUUGUAGUACAGUAUGUGACACUGGAUCAAUCAAGGAUGGAAUUAUUAGACCUCUAGAGAAAAUUGUUUAGAACUUAUAGAAUUGUCCCGGGAGAUUUGUGUAGAACUCGUUGUUAGAACUACCCAGUAUAAAUAGAGUUAGUUUAGUUAUGUUUUCCGCCUGUAAUAUCACUGGAUCAAUCAUCAAUAAAGACUGGUCCUUACUUGACUAGCUUCAUUUCUUAGAAAUGAUAUAGCUAUCCAGAAUAAAUGAACUUGGUUAAUUUCUACUUAUAAUCACUUGGUUUACAGAAACCUGUCAUAUAUAACCCUGAUGGUGAUAUAAAGAUUAUCACAGUUGACUGUGGGAUGAAAUAUAAUCAAAUCAGAUGCCUUGUGUCUCGCGGUGCUUGUGUUGAAGUGGUUCCUUGGGACUAUGAUUUCAACAAAGGUAAUAGAAAUGGACUGUUUAUGAAUAAAUUAGUUCAAAUAAUAUUUUGUAUUCUCACACUCUAAAAACACCCUGUGUAAAUUCCUGCAGCCGGUUGUACGAAGACCGGAUAGCGCUAUCCACCGUAUGGAGAUUUUUCAACAGUUGUAAAAAUGCUUGAGACAAUUAAAACUACAGAUAUGGACCUCACAAUUAAUAAAACCAAACUUUAAUUUGUAAAUACUAAAGUGUAAUCUGAGUUUGUCGGUUAACAGACUCAAAUCCGAGUCCGAGUCAAAUGUCCGAGUCAAAUGUCCGAGCCACUGUUCAGUGGUCUUUGUAGUUCAAUGACUCAGUGCCCUAACCCUACUCCUAACCCUAACCCCACUCCUAACGUACCCUAACCCUAUUCAACUGAAUUUUAUUCAAUUUCGGAGUUUGUCGGUUAACAGGUUCAAGUCCGAGUCAAAUGUCCAAGACAGUGUUUAGCUGUCUUUGUCGGUUCAAUGAUUUAAGCCUGGUUCUCAUUAAUCGGCGAUGUUCUACGAUCCAUGGGCAUUGUCUGUGAGCAACGAAGAAGAAAAUGCUCAAAACAUUUUAUGCAUCAAUGACCACCGACAAUGGGCAUCGCCGAUGUUUACGAUAAAUGAGAAUGAGGCUUUAGUACCAAUAGUAUUCUUUAAACCGAAGUCAAAAUACGAAAUUUCGGCACACUCCUUGCAGACCGCGCAGGCAAAAACAAUAGAAAGGAGUCCCUUUCCCUGACGUCCAAUAGCUCCAUAUUUGGCUUCACUUUUUGGGCUCGAGUUCCCGCUCCAGAUAUAUACGAAGCUCAGUGAUUUGUGUAUUGUACGGUUCCAAAAUGAUCUUGUCUUGCAUUUGUUUAGGUAACUUUGAUGGAGUUUUUCUGAGCAACGGUCCAGGGAAUCCAGUGCAAUGUAAUGCGACGAUUGAAAACAUCAGUAAACUUGUGAACAGCAAGAAACAGAAACCAAUCUUUGGAAUUUGUUUGGGACAUCAACUGCUGUCGCUUGCUGUUGGAUGCAGGACCUAUAAAAUGAAGUAAGGCCUUUUUGUGUUUGUUUUUAAGACUUGUUUCAAACGUCGAACUUGUCAUGUGAAUCUAAUGUAAAUUUAGAUUCGGUACGUGAAGACUUCGUUGUUUGGAACAGACCAUUGUCACUAUUAAUUGCUUGCCAAAUUCAGCACUUUAAAAAAUAAUCACCGAGACAGUUGAUGUAUAAAACUGAUAUAGUUAACAAAACAUGGCAACACUCAGACAAUUGCAUGAAAACACUCAAUUGCAUUUUUGCUGCAUACAGGGUAGAUGGUCGCCACAGCACAGUUUGUGUUACAAACUGGUUUUAAAGAUAAAGAUCAGUGUUGCUUUGUGUUGUGGUAAAUUGAUAUUGUUUCAAUGAGUGGAUCUUCAGUUUCACUUCGUAACUCCUGGUCUAAUAACGAAACAUACAGUACAUACAUAAGGGGUAGCAGUCCAUAUAUAAAUAACCUGAAAUUAUAUCAAGAGAUUAAUAUUAAAAUGAGAGUAAAGUUAUAGUCUGGCCCAGCCUUUACUACCUUUGGCAGGUUUGACCAAUUUUGCAUGGGCUAGCAUUUGGUAAGUAUGAUGUCACAUGUGAAAUGAAGGGCAAGGUGCCUAUAUCCUUGCCUAAUCUCCAAAUUGCCAAGGUUCCAGUCUUCUCGUAUGAAAAAGGCCAAAAUUAAAAAUAGAAGGUCUGGGUCUACAUGCACUUUCUUUAGAGACACUAUUUGCCUCCUGACAAAUCCGAAAAUGGUCAAGCUAGUGACUCUGAUUGAUUCAGAUAGAUAGAUAGAUAGAUGGCUUUAUUAGUAAUACAUUUGCAGCCAAAAGGCUGAAUUGCGUAGUACUUUACAAUUAAACAUUUUCUAGUUAAAAUUACUGUCUUUAUAAUUAUUAAAUUGUUAAGAUAGUCUAUAUGCUAUUACUAUAGAUAAAAGUAUUUUUGAGUAUAUUAGUCUUACAUAUUGGCAUAUUAAAUCUCCGCUUAUAUCGGAGGUUGACUUCACAUGUGUUAGUAGUAAACUAUGUAACUUACGGUUUUCGUUACUAGUUAAUUAGUUAUUGUAUUAAAGAGUUUGACUGUCAAGAUAUUCCUACGGUCUUAAAAUGUAGGUAGCUUGCCUGCUGCCAAGGCGUCAGCGUGCGUAACUUGAGGGAGAAUUAUACUCAUUGCUCUCUUUUGCAACCGUUCUAAGUCAUUUGAUAAAAACUUCGGCAGUCCGUUAUGGAACACUGGACAUGCAUAUUCAGUAAUAGGACGUAUACAUGUGACAUAGAAUGUUAAAAGCACUUUUGGUAGUACGUUUGCUCUCCUCAGUUGCUUUAAGAAAUAAAGACUGGUAGAUACUUUACGUAUGAUUUCUGAGACGUGACAGUUCCAUUUUGGAUCAUUAGUUAUAUUCAAUCCAAGAAGUUUGACAUUGGCAACUACAUCAAUAGCUUUGUUAUUGAUUAGAACGGGCGCAAAAUCCGGAGCUUUCUUAGCGAACGAUAUCCUCAUCUCUUUGCAUUUCGUUUAACUGAAGCUUUUUCUGGUGAGAUUUCAUAGCUAGUUCUGAGACAGCGUUCUGGAUAUUACUAAUUUCAUCCUUUAAAACAGGUUCAGCAAUAGUUGUGUCGUCCACAUACUUCCAUAAUUCGGUGUCCGUCACUUCUAUAUCAUCUAUCAUCAGCACAAAGAGCCACGGUCCUAGUUUGGGUCCUUGCGGGACUCCAGCAGGGAUACCCUUCCACUCCGAUCUACAGUCAUGUUCUAGUUUCACUCUCUGCCUGCGACACUUUAAAAAAUCCGUUACCCAGCAUGCAAUUCCAUAUGGGAGAUCUAAAGAUUUUAACGUGCUGGCCAAGAUAGUGUGGUCGAUCAAAUCAAACGCUUUCCGGUAGUCAAAGAGAACAACCCUUAAGCCCUGGGCAAACUAGGAAACAUUGUUGCGGAAAGAUUGUUUCUUGCCAAUGUUUCGCCAUGUUUCCCAGAGUGGGCAAACAAUAGGAAACAUUAAUGAGAAACAUAGGGAAACAUCAAAUGUUUCUGAAUUUGGUAGGAAACAUUUUUGCUUCCCAGGAAGCAAAUUUUGUUUCCGCAACAAUGUUUCCACGGCUGGGCAAACAUGGAAACAUUUGAGGAAACAUCGAGAAUCACAAAUGUUUCCGCAACAAUGUUUCCUAGUUUGCCCCGGGCUUUACUGUUGCCCCAUUUCCAUCUGUGCGUUUAGCCCACAUGUGCAUCAUACUAAUAAGUGCAUGCGUCGUUGAUGACUUCGGGAUCUUGACAUUGCUUUUUUGUCUUCAAUAUUUGAGUGAGUCAUGCUUUGGAAAUGACAAUAAAUUUUUAUUACCCAACCCUCGAGUUGUUUUGCUUUUCAUUUACCCAACUUUCCAGGAUGUUAGCCAGAAAAAAAAGUUUUGUCCGUUAAACGUAAAUUGGGAAAGUUUUUUUGACCGAUCAAAGUCCUUGUGUAGGAAUAAAUAGUGUUGUUUUCCAACGUGUUUCUCCUUAGAUUCAAACAACGGUAGCUUGGUUUUGUACAUUUCAUUUUCGGUGAAUGAACACUGAAUAAUGCACCCGAUGGCACUUCGUUUUGUAUAUUUCAUUUCCGGUGAAUGAACACGGAUGCACUCCGAUUACACUUUGUUUUGUACAUUUCAUUUCAGUGAAUACACACCCAAUAUGAAUGAAACGCGAUACAUUUUGAGAAAAUAGUUAAUGGGAAAAAGUAAAUAGAAGUUCUUUGACAUAAUAAUAUAAAAUCAAAUGCAAUGCACUUUCUCAUCAGAAGAACGUCAAACGGAGAGUAUAUGGGCUAGCUAACACCCUGCUUUUUACUCAAUUUUUUUUAUCCAACCCUUUUCUCACCCCCCGCCAUAAAUAAUGACCUGUCUCUUAGAAUAAAAUACAACUACCUGAAAAAUACAAGCAGAACCUCGACGUUUCGAGCUAAGGCCCUUCGUCGUGAUAGUUGUAUUCAAUCCGCAGCUGAGUUCUUAUCGUCAUUAGGGAGUUUAAGAUCUUGACAACGAACUACCGACUACGUUUGAAAUAGUUUUUGUUAUAUGUGUGCAAAUACUAAAUGCUUGUCAUAACAAAUUUAUCCCAAAUAUGUUUUAUGUGCAUGGUUUUGUGUUUGGUAAGUUUCAUCUUUUAAUUUUAAUCAUUUCUUUAUAAAAAUACUCUCCAACCUGCAACGUUGCGUAGUCAGUUUCGGUGCUAUGUUCUUGAUUCUGUUUUACAACACAAGAAUGUGAUUUUUACGCUGUAGCCAAGGUCGCUACGAUGUAAAAAGUAUGCUCUGGGGAUAUGUAAAUUUUGUCUGCCUCAGUUGAGACAAUGAGAAAACAGCUUUCAACCGUACUCUGUACCCGUUGUUCGUUGUAGGCAUCUUUACUCCCUAUUACCUACACUGGCACAGACCCGUUUGAAAUCUCAUAUUCACUACGAAGAGCAUUUUUAUUGAUGAUGAUUUUCUGUGUGUUUCUAGAUACGGAAACCGCGGUCACAACCAGCCAUGCAUCCACGAGGGAUCAGGCCGUUGCUUCAUUACGACACAAAACCAUGGCUUCGCUGUCAACGCCGAAACCUUACCCCCAGAAUGGUCUGUGCUAUUUACCAACGCAAACGACAAAACCAACGAAGGAAUUAUCCACAAUACAGCACCAUUCUUCAGCGUGCAGUUUCACCCUGAGCAUACGGCAGGCCCCGAAGAUCUUGAAUGCCUGUUCGAUGUCUUUUUACGAACCGUACGACAUACUAAAACGGCAGCCAUGAAAAGCAGUGUGAAAGAGAUGAUCCAGAAACGGUUUUCCUUUACACCAGUAAUGCCUGAUAUCACUGUUCGCCCAAAGAAAGUCUUGAUUCUGGGGUCAGGAGGGUUGUCUAUUGGGCAAGCGGGUGAAUUUGAUUACUCUGGUUCACAGGUAAGGUUGUUAGGAACUUGCCAGAAUUAGCACGGGGGGAGGGGAGGUGACGGCGGGAUUUUCACUGAAUUGAUGAAAAUAAUACAACCCUCCCCGUGCAUUGGUUGGAAAAUUGUGACCCUCCCCUGGGGGUCGUCCAGUAUAGCAUUACCCUUCCUCAGUCAACAGUGGCCGAGCUAGAAUUGCUUCGCUUGGAGUUUGUUCACUUGAGGUUUUCCUCUGUAGUAACACUGGAUCAGUCUUUGGACUUCUAAGAAGAACAGUUUAUAACUGAUAGAGCUAUCCAUGCAGUAUAAAUGAAGUUAGUUUGGUUUAGGUUUGCUUUUGUAUUAACCAGCAUUCGAAAUAGGGGGGGGGGGGAGGUUAUGUGCCCCCCCCCCCCGCCUAAGUUACGCUCGAGUGGUCAGGCAGGCUGACCCCUAAACUUCCCAGAUUUAUUUCGAACGCUGGUAUUAACAAGUAUUUUUUACAAAUUUGUACUUCAUGAUUUUUGAUAGGCCAUAAAAGCUUUGAAAGAAGAAGGCGUACAGACGGUACUCAUUAAUCCAAACAUCGCAACUGUACAGACAUCUAAGGGGCUGGCUGACCGAGUGUACUUUUUACCCGUCACAACUGAAUACGUCACACAGGUAUUUCUAUAUUUCUUUAGCCUGCAAAGCAGGCCACCGCCUGCCCAUUUCUAACAAAACGCCUGCUUUGCAGGCUAACAUUUCAUACAGUAGGCUUUUGUGCGUAUCUGCUAUUUCAGCAGGAAAACUAAUUUUGUGCGUAUCAUGUCGCUUUCAGCCGGAGUGAACUCCUGAGCUGGCGUCUUGUUUCACCAUUAAAACAACCAAAAUAUAACGAAAUA